AAAGAUGGCAGCCGCCAUGAGAAAGCAUGUGUUUACGGUUAUGCUAGGCAAAUUUAAUACUGAUGACCAGAAUAGCCGAAACUCUGACAACCAGCUUUCUAGGAUCCUCCGUGAAUAUGAGUGUUUAAACGAUGAACAAGGCUCAAUUUCUGAUUGGAUAACAAAGGUCAAUUCUUCUAUAAAUUCUAGGAAUUCCCGCGAGAGAGGACUGGUGUUUCUCCAUCAGUUAGUUCAGCAGUGCAAUGGUGAAAUUUUCAUUCAGCAUUGCACUGGGUGGCUGCACAGAAUGCUGCAGUUGUUGCAGUCGGGUGGAUCAGUAGCUGUGAAAGAGUUAGCAUCUCUGGUAGUGGCUGAAAUACUACAGCAGGUGCCUGGUGAACAUGAGCUGGUUCAGCAGGUUGCCAUCUCAGUGAUUCCACAACUCAUCCCUGUGCUUCUCGUAACCAGACUACAGAGUUCAGUUGGAUCGUGGAAGUGUUUGUAUGCUUGCAUGAGAUACUUUCCCAGUUCCUGCGGCCCCAUGAAGAGCAAGAUUCAAUCUCUACUUGUAGACCUAAUGUCCACUAAUGCUGCUGAGUUGACAAAUGUUAAAGCACUUAGUGAGUGCUUUGCUCUGUUGCCUCAGUGUGGUUCUAGUGGCCACCAUGGUAUCAACUACACUACAUCAUGGAUGGAGAUCUGUGAAAAGGUUUUGGGCUCCAUGAAUGAUGCAUUGGACUUGUUAUACGUUGACUUUAACACAGGUGGAACUUCAUCACAAUCUGGAAUUUUUGACCAGAGCCUAUUGAUUGGAGAACAUUUUCAUACAAGUAGUUUGUUUUGCACUCUUGGAACAUGUCUUCAGCAGCUAUUAGUGGGUGACAUGACAGCAGUUGUUGUGUGCGUGCCACAUGAUAACAUCCUUGCUUUGAUUUGUCGAGUGCACUCGAUCAACGCCUCACAUCUGGGUUUCAGUGUUGACCAUGCAAUGCUGGCUGCAGUCUUGCCAAAGAUUCACUGUUCAGCAUUCAAGCUGCUGCGAGCCCUCAUCUUGUGCUGUAGAAGACAAUUGAUUCCAUCAAGUCGUGUGAUCAACCAACUGUUUGUUCAAGCUCUGAAAUGGAUGACAUCCACAUCUUCGCCACAAAAGCUGUUUAGCACUUUGAAGGAAACCGUGUAUGCAGUGCUGGCAGACUGGCUUAUAGUGACCGGCGCUGUUAGUGGAAUAGAGGAGUAUCAGGACCAACUUAUAGAACACAUUGCGAGUGACAUAAUGCCUCCGUCUACAAUACUACAGCUACAUGUGGUACCACACCAAUUGACAGCGAGUAGCAGUCAAAAAAAGGGUAAAAAGAAGAGAAAGGGUGGCGGAGUAAAUGCAGAGAGCACCUCGGCUCAGCACAACCGAAAUCUGAGAGGGAAUGAGAGAGUUGUAUCAUCUGCCUUGAAGGCUAUCCGGUUGCUGAUCUAUAGCAGUGGGAUGUUAAUCAAACCAAAACAUCAUCAGGCACUCCAUGAGCUGAUCAUCCACACACUCUUGGAGAUUCAGCAGGGCAAGAAGCACGUUACAUACGCAGCAUGUCCGUCUUGUAGGAAGGAGCUAUACCACGUGCUUCUUAGCUUCAUGCUCGUACCUCAUCCUAGAUUGCCACCUCCACUACACGUUGCUCUGAGACUGUUUGCCACGGGCCAGAAUGAUGGGAACAUUGAGGUUUCCAGCUUUUGUAUAGAAGCUCUAACAGCUUGUGAAGCCAUUAUUCAUCCUCGAGUGCCAUCCUUACAAUUACCCAUGUUGAUCGAGAAGCCUACCCGACCAGCACAGUCUCCAGUUAGCAAGCACAAACAAACAGCAGUGGAGCAGGCAUUGCCAGUACCAUCUGGAAAACAAGAGCACGAAAUAAGUCCAUUCAAGGAAAUAUGGCAUCCCGGGACUAGUGACUAUGUGGAUGGUGGCGGUCUCCCAAGUUCCAGUGACGUGUGUAUCUCCACGGAGCGGAAGGAUGACCACGACGCGAUUGUGUCAUCAUCCGGACCAGAUAGUUGCACACGUGAUGACAUGGGAGAUGCCAUUAUCAAGGCACCUAUGAGGAAAUAUUCACCAAUAAUGGAAGGCAAUGCUUUAGCUGCACGAAAUGAAGCUGAACAAAUGCAGUUGAGUAUCCCAGCGACAGAAUCUGAUCGGGCGACGAAUGAGUUUGUGGGAGAUGAAGUUAUAGAAGUUUUUGAUGUUUCGGAUGAUGAAGACAAGGCUUUGGCAUCUUCAGUCUUGUUAUCAAUGGAGGAAGGUCAUGCAACGCAAGCUAAACUUUUCCAACAUAGUGAAAGAAGUGGUGAUCUCCCAGCAUCAGUGUGCACACGAGCAGAAGACAAUUCAAGCAUUGAGCUAAUCACACUGGCUGACACAGAGUCUGAACCACCCUCCGUACAUGCUAGCCCCUUGAAGAGAAAGGCGAGCGAGAUGGAAGGCAAUGCUGAUUCUAGAAUAAAAAGUGAAGAGGUAUCUGAUGUAAUGAUUCAUGACUUUGUUGAUGCCAGACCUGACUCAGAAGAUGAGGUAGUUCAGUAAGGACCAGCUACAAAUGACCAACCAUUGGAUAAACAAUCACUUUCUGGUUGCCAGGGGAUUUAUUUGAACAUAAAAACAGAGAUUAAGUAUUUAAUUUGUAAUUUGCAUAAGAAAACCAGGUUGGUUGUUAUUUAACUGGUUCGCAUAUAAAUCAAUUAUUAGCAAGCAAACUAAAAUAAUUUCAAUCUCAUGUUGUUAGAAGUUAUAAGGGGACUCGAGUUAUGUGUAUCUUAUAACCACGUUGGGCCGAUUUUGAACUUGGUUUCUUAACUGUAACUAUCAUUAUAAUUCCCCGAUGAAUAAAAUUCACAUGUAGAGAUAUUAAAUUUUAAUUGUCAUGCUUUCAUUAGUAGUAAAUUUCACAACAGGAGAGGCGCAUGUUAUGCACAUAUUUCCUGUUUGGAACUUCCAUAAUACAAUCUCUGUAUAGUGUUAUUUAUAUUAGCUCAUCUGACAUAGCCUUAUGCAGCAAGUAGCAUAGAAACGGCAUCCAUCUCUCUGUAGAUAAAAAACAGCAGAACGUCUAUAAACGGAGUCACCUACAGCCUUCAUAUUCAGCACAUAAAAAUUCAUCCCGAAAGACUGCACAUGGGCCGAAGGGAGGUCAAGAGGCAACGAUCAUGGAGCGGAAGGGGAAAUGUGACUCUAUAAAAUCUUGUACCGAGUUAUUGUGAGAAGAUAGCAUCAAGAGCGUAUUAAGUAUGCUUAAUAUGCUCUUGAUAGCAUGUAUCUUUAGCAUGCAACAGGCAAAGGUGAAUAGGCAGUGGGUCAAUACAGAGGAGAGGACGUAGGUCAGCUCAUCUAAUGAUAAAGCUUCCACUGAUCUAAAAUGUACUUGUACUUUUUACUGAUGCUGUGGUGACCUUUUAACCAAGAGCUAAACUUGGGUUUUUUCAGUGUCAACAAAGGAGUGAUUUUCUCUGACUAGUAGAGGCUUAUUCACAUUAUACGUUAAAAAGCUCUUAAAAUCAUUCUUUGUA